AUGGCAAGCUACCGUCGGAGAAAAUCGCAACGUUUUGCGCAGUCGAGCGUUGCUAAUGAAACCCAUCUUCAAGAGAAUAGGCCUGUUCCCAUCAAACCCAGGCUGCAUUACAUGAAGAGAGGCGAGCUUGAGGGUUACGCCCUGCCGUUGCAGAGCUCAGAUCCUCUUGUUGUGCGUGCUACUGCACGCCAGCUCGGACGACAGAAUCCGCAGUCUGCCAAAAUAGCUCGAUACUGUCACUAUGUCCUUCUGGACUCGAGAACUGCAUUGCUUAGACUUUCCUUCCAGGCGAUGACUGUUUUUGCCCUUUCUAAAGCAGGCCGUGCCGGUCGGAGGAUUCUGAAGUACUGGAAACCAGACGGCUAUGGGCCUGACGAAGAAGUUCGGAAGCACACUAGAGCGGAAGUGCAUUUCUUUGCUGAGGCGUUGGUGAGCUUGGUAGAAAGCAAUCGUCAGGCCAGAGUUCGUGUUCAUGCGAUCUGCAACACGAUAGAGAUGUACGAGGCCACAGCUGUACUUGCUGUUGAGACGGCGCGCUGCCUAAUUGUGGCGAGACCAGCUCUACGGGAGAAGGCCGGUUGCUUCACAUGUGGCGCAGUGCUUGGUGAUGAGCUUUUAUCACGCCUGCUUCAUACCCAAAGCGAAUCGCAGGAUGCCGCGAUCAAAUUCAAUAUUGCCGAACAAGAGUUUUUAGUCAUCAAGUGA